CAUUCCGUAUUAAUUUUUUUACUGCAAGAUGACCUGCCUUUGUGUUUUGUAAAAAAAAAUUGUGUACAGCGUCCUUGUGUCCAGCUGUCUAGCUACUCUCUGUAUGCUUCUUUCCCCUUCUAAAAGGAGGUACUAUUGCAAUGGCUCAAGUUCAAGAAGAACCGUUGCCUGUGAUAGUGAAAAACACAAAAACACACACACCAAGUGGUUCGUCUCAAGAUAGUGAAGAUUUUGAAGAUGCUCUAGACAUAGAGACUGACCCAAUAAAUGACAGUAAAAUAAUCCAAGAUGUCCCUUCGAGUGACGAAGUGACAACGAGGGCAGAUAGUUUAGAAGUUCAAGGUGUGACUGAUGGGGGUGGGCAUGAGGUCGUGGAUACAGUUACCGUGGAAACAGUUACCGUAAAGACAAGCGCCGAGGAACAGCCAACUCCAGUUGAGAAUGAACUAUCAGCAGAUGAAUUGUCUACUGAUGAAGAAGAACACGUUCCUAGAAGGAGACGAAGAGCUUCUUCAGUUGAUAGUCAGACAUCAGAGCAGUCCGAUACUAAGGAGGGUGGUGGUGUGGGUGUGGCUUGUGAGGGAGGUGGUGUGGGCGGGGCUAGUGAAGAUGAUGAGCCACAGAAACCUGAAGACCCCACUGAGGUACAACCCACUGAGGAACGCCCCACUGAAGAACAAUCCACUGAAGAGCAGCCUGAAGGCCCUAUUGAAAAACAACCCACUGAAGAACAGGCCACUGAAAAACAGCCUGAAAUUCCCACUGAAGAAGAGCCUGAAGGCCCCACUGAAGAACAGCCUGAAAUUCCCACAGAAGAAGAGCCUGAAAGCUCCACUGAAGAACAGGCCACAGAAGAAGAGCCUGAAUUUCCCACUGAAGAAGAGCCUGAAGGCCCCACUGAGGAACAAGCCACUGAAGAACAAGCCACUGAAGAACAGGCCACUGAAGAACAGGCCACUGAAGAUACACAAAAUCCCAUGUAUGUGCCUACAAAGGGACUGUUCUUCCAACACGACCACCGACUAGGAGAUGACGAACAACCAGGGCCAACACUUGAGGAGCCUCGUAGUCGUGUGGAUCGCAUCGAGGUAUGGACCCAUGACCUGUACGUAGAGUCACAACAAGGACCACGAUCACGAGAGGAGAAAGAAAAAGAUGCAAGAUAUUGGAGCAAUAGGCAGCGUGAUGGUGUGAGGGGUGGAGGUGGUAGGAGGUUCAGGAGGAGGGACGAGGACAGACAGCGGCCAGGGAGGUCACGUGAUGAAGGGAGAAGGUCACAUGAUCAGGACAGGAGGUCACGUGAUGAAGGGAGGAGAUCACAUGAUCAGGACGGGAGGUCACGUGACUCUGAGGGACGUUCACGUGAUCGGGACAGGAGAUCUGGUGGUGGGAGGUCACAGGGUCAACCUAACAGGAGAAGGCCAUACAAUGAAGGCAGUAAUGGUGGCGAGAGGCGUGGGCCUACUGCUACUGCUGUUAGAAGAGAUGGGUCUCCAGUGGAGGAGUGGCCUAGUCUAGGAGGGGAUCCAGCCACUCACACUCAACCACAAUGGCCUGUCGCUUCCGCUCCCACUCCGAACGUGGACAACACGUCACAUGACACGCCCCCACGUAUCGAACCACCUCAACAAAACCUCACUACACUCAACACACAGCGAGAUAAAAGCACAUCUCCUCGACCACCCAAAAAUAAUUUAAAACCAAAAAAUAUUUCCCCAAAAUCGCCCAAAGAUACAAAAUCAAGCGUCGAAUCAGCAGAAUCUAAGAAUACUCCGCCUAGAAGUAAAUCUCUUUUUAACACUUCGAGGCAAACUGGCGAAUCAGGCGAGAGUGGUAAUUCUAUGACUUGCUCACUGUCUAAGAGUAGAGAGCUUGUUGUUCGCAAGGGGCGUGGUAGAGGGCGUGGUUCUGGACGAGACCACACCCCUCAAGAGAGACGUGUGGGUAGGCGACCGAUUGAGACAAUGACAGGAGAUGCUCACGAGAGAGACGGCUCUUUAUCAGUGACCAAAAGCAGUCCAAAUCCACCAGCUACUCAAGACCAAGAAUCAACAAACACAAACCAGGUAGCACAGACCAGUCCCUCUAACAGAGUGUCCCUCCAGACUAACAGAGAGAAGCUGGCCGCUGAGGGAGGCAGCAAACAACCAGAGGAGGUUCUACCACAGUUCCCCGCUGGAGUGGGUCGACCAAAGAGGUACUCAACGAGGAGACAAAAGACUGAGGACGCAGUUGCAUAUCCUUCCUCUAGCUCGUUGACCACGACCCCUUCAGUACAACCCUCCACCGAUGGCCUCCUCCCCACACCCCCACACCCCUCACAAGUCACACAACCCCCACACCCCUCACAGCCCAUACAAUUUGAUUCAGAGGCACACAUCAAAAUGUUUCAGAUGCAACAAGAGAUGAUGGCUUCCAACCCUGAGUUAUUGGGCUACCAGGCUGCACUCAUGGCUCAGCAGAACCCUAUGAUGAUGCAGCAAAUGCAGUACCUGUGGUUUCAGCAACAACAACAGCAGGCACUACAGCAGUCUAUGUUGCAGGGUGGAAUACCAGCCAUGCAUACACUGCACGACCGUCCUGCUCAUCCCAGUGGAGGGGAAAUCCCUCACCAACAGAUGGGCGUGGCAGGAGGGGAGGGGUUUUAUCACUCUACCCCGAGUGGACUGUUUGUGCCUAAUGUACAGCACAUACCUCAGCAAUCACCAUGGCAACAGACUGGCGGGAAAUCUCGUAGCCAGGCGAUACCUAUUGUACCCCCUAAGGAUGAGCCAUAACUCUGCACACAGAAGAUGAAGGUACACAAAAUAAUACAUGCAAGCAGGAGUUGAUUAUUUACAAAUGAGAAACUUGUUUAUAUCUUGAUGGGAAACUUGAUUAUUAUGAUAAUUAUAAAAUAAUUAUAAACAUUCAAAUAAUUUAUUUUAUUUCUGUUUGUCAUUUAUAUACUUUGUUACUUUGUGUGUAAUCAAUCACUUUAUGAAAUAAUGUGUAUAAGUUUGUGUUGUGUUUUAAGAAUAUUUAUCGCUAUAAUUAUAA